CAUGAGCUAGUUUACGUUGGUUGUCACGGGUCGUUUCUAACGCAGAUGUCGGGUCAGAAUUGAGCUAAAAAGCUGAUUUUAACGAUUGGAGUUACGCUUAAUGCAAGAAAUAACGCGGGUGUAAACAUACGUCUCAGAGCGUCUGUAGAUAAUCGUAUUGGAAUGUGAAGGUGAAGGUGGAUUCUACUUCUGUGCUGGUGGCGCACGUGAACUGCUAAUAGAAAAAAGCCAAAUCCGGACAUGUUGAGCGACGACGGUGGGUUUUGAAGCAAUGGUUAAAACUGAGGCAUCAGAAGAAACAAUUGCAUGUUCGGAAGAUGGGACGUCCGAUGUUCCAUCCUUCUCCGGCAGAAAAGAGGAGCCAUUGGAGUCUUUUGACAAUCCGAAGCAGGCUCCACAGGCCGGCCCAGUGUUUUUAACCUGGCCGGAUCAAAGUUGUGAUGAGCCAGCCGAGCACAGGGAUGAUCUGGAAGAUGUUGGUGACGCAAGUUGUCCGGAUGAUGGCGAGGCGUCAGCUGUCAACGAGCCCAGCUCAUUACCUCUCCCCACAGGAGACCAAAUUCCUCCCAUCACUUUUGGUGCCCGCAAAUUCAGAAGGCCGCGGAACGACACGUCACUCGUUUUGUUGACAAGGAGGUUUUUGGCGAUGCUCCAGCAGUCGGAAGAUGGCGUCUUGGACCUGAACUACGUCAGUCAGGAGCUCAGCUCCUCCAAGAGACGUCUCUAUGAUGUCACAAACGUACUGGAGGGGAUCAAGCUAAUCAAAAAGAAAUAUAAGAAUCACAUACAGUGGUUGGGUGGUUGGCUCAACAAAGAUGCAAUUCAAAUGAUAAAUAAUCUUGCUGAAGAAGAGAAGAAGCUGGAUGAGCUGAUCAAAAGAGGCACAGGGGAGAUUCAUCGGAUAUGUGUGGAUGAGCAGACCAGCAGAUUUGCCUACGUGACCUAUGAGGAUAUUCAAACCAUUCCCAGAAUGAGAGAGCAAACUGUGCUAGUGGUCAAAGGCCCCGAAGACACAACACUGAAUGUUCCACACCCAAAAGAGAGCCUCCAAGUCCACCUCAAGAGCACCCAGGGACCAAUUGACGUGUUGAUCUGCUCAGAUGAGCCUCUUCCAAUGGAAGUCACCGAUGGCGAUGUGUCCGGCGGUGCUCAUAGCAGCCACGUGGCCGCCACUGCUACGAGUGACUCAUUACACACCUCACUUAUCCAGAUGCCCCUUAAAAGUGAACCUUGUUUUUAAGGAUGUCACUGUCCAAAAUAACUUAAGCAUGUUUUUCAAAACACUUCGGUGACAUUUACCCCGAGUCCCACGGAACUUUGCCAAGCUCACUCCUGAGACUGAUGGCACCACUGAUCUUUGUUCCUCUGCCGACGCACGCGUUUUCCCUGUGCGCAGUUCCCCUCUAUGAUGACCAUCUUUGUGCAAAAUGUUACACUGAAAAAGCAGCCAUUCAAUUAACUGGACGACACUGAAUGUACCCUAAAUGUAGUCACUGGUUUUACUGGUGUAUGUAAGGCGAUGGUUGUGUCUGUUGUACUUGUUAAACUUGCUGUUCCAAAGUGGCUAUUAAUACACCACACAUCCGCCGUAAGCUAGUCUCCACGUGUAGAGACAUUUUGUGCAAGGUUUUUGUAGUUCUAUGUGUACAGGAUUUUAGCUCCCAUGUGCUUUUAAUGUCAACACACAGCAAUAAAAUUGAUACAGCGCCUUCAAUUAUGAUAAUAAACGGACAUAACAAAUAAUUCAUCCAUGUCAACAGAAAUCAUCAGUUUGCUCUUGAGAAUUCUCUGUAAUAAUGUGAUGUUUGAAUGUGGAAAGAUUUCAAAUGGAUUUUAAUCACCGGAGACAGGUGACAAUUUUUUUUUCAUUCAAGUUGUUAUUCUCUUGUUUGAGAGAAAAAUAAGAUGUAUUUUUUUUUCACGGAUGUUCAUUUUAUUAUGGCCGCUGUUAAGGAUAUAUCUGGUCUCUAAUGUACUGAGUGGCUGUACAACUGCUUCAAAUCUUAAAAGUGCCUUGACUUAAGUCAUUGUGAUUUACCUGUAAAAACUGCCAAAUUGAAACAGUUUUAGAAAUAACAGGUACUUAUAACUUCAACUACUGUUAAA